AAACUUUCAGAAACUGACUACCAUAAUUCAAAUCAUGUGGAAGAAAAAUGGAGCUUCCUUAACGCUAUAAUAUUUUCUUAUACAGUGAUAACUACGAUUGGAUACGGUCAUAUUACACCUGUAACUACGGAAGGUCGGAUUUUCUGCAUCAUUUAUGGCUCUAUCGGUAUUCCUUUCACGCUACUUACAAUUGCAGACCUUGGAAUGUUCAUUUCAAAGGUUUGUGGUGAUUCAGUAAUUCUUGGAAUUGCGUUUUUGACGUAUUUGAUUUUUGGCGCUUACGCAUUUUCACUAUAUGAACCAGAUAUGGAUUUCUUCACAGCUAUCUACUUUAACUUUGUAACACUUACAACAAUUGGUUUAGGUGAUUUAGUUCCUAGGAGAGAAAAGUAUUUAAUAGUAACUUUAAUUUACAUUACAAUUGGCUUGGCUCUCACUACACGUGCUAUGGAACGUGCCGCUAAUUUACUAAAGAAAAUUCAUUAUUUUGGACGUCAAAUUGAAAAUAUAUCUCAAAUGACUGUUUGGUUUGGAGGUCAAAAGUAUGGAAUCACAGUUUUUCACCUUGGAGAUAAAAUGAAUGUGCCUAUCAAUGAUUUGAUUAAUUUAAAUAUCGAUAAGUUUGUGGAAUCUGCAAUAAAAGUUGAAGAGGGAGAAAUCACAUCACUUCGAGUUCUAAUUUUUUUAGAAUUUUGA